AUGGCAAAGAACUACCGAUCCGAAGUAUCUUAUAAUCCCGAAGAUGACCUUCACUACGCCAGUCUGACUGUGCGGGAUACUUUACUUUUCGCUCUCAAGACAAGAACCCCAGAUAAACGAUCACGGAUUCCUGGAGAGAGCCGGAAGGAUUACCAGCAGACUUUCCUCUCUGCAAUUGCCAAGCUGUUUUGGAUUGAGCAUGCCUUAGGAACUCGAGUUGGGAAUGAGCUGAUUCGCGGAGUUUCUGGAGGAGAGAAAAAGCGAGUCUCGAUCGGAGAGGCAAUGGUUACCAAAGCUAGCACGCAAUGUUGGGAUAACUCCACCAGGGGCCUGGAUGCGAGUACCGCACUCGAGUACGUUCAGAGCUUGAGAAGCUUGACCAACACCGCUCAUGUGUCAACUCUGGUCGCUCUCUACCAGGCCUCUGAAAAUCUAUUCAAUCUUUUCGACAAAGUCAUCCUGAUUGAAGAUGGAAAGUGUGCUUUCUUCGGUCGCUCCCAAGACGCCAAAGCCUACUUUGAACGACUGGGCUUCGAGUGUCCACCACGAUGGACAACCCCUGAUUUUUUGACAUCUGUCAGCGAUCCAAAUGCAAGACGCGUCAAGCGUGGCUGGGAAGAUCGAAUUCCUCGCACUGCAGACGAAUUUCAAGCUGAAUAUCGCCGAAGUGAUGCAUUUAAGGCUUCAUUUGCGGAUAUUGAAAGCUUCGAGAGCGAGGUCCAAGCAGAAGAGCACGAGAAAGAGACCGUGCGAAAGAAAAUGACUACCAAAAAUUACACUGUCUCGUUUUGGAAGCAGGUCAUGAUUCUCACUCAUCGGCAAUUCCUCGUGAUGUUUGGAGAUCGAGCAGCGCUAGCUGGGAAGUGGGGAGUCAUUAUUUUCCAGGCUUUGAUUGUGGGAAGCUUAUUCUACAACCUCCCUGACACAAGCUCCGGAGUUUUCACGAGGGGAGGAGUUAUGUUCUUCAUCCUAUUGUUCAAUGCUCUACUUGCGCUGGCCGAGCUCACGGCCACAUUCUCCAGUCGCCCCAUUCUCUUGAAACACAAGAGCUUUUCAUUCUAUCGUCCGUCGGCAUAUGCCUUGGCGCAGGUUGUCGUGGAUGUGCCCAUGGCAAACCUUGCGCGAACACCUUCCCAAUUCUUUAUUAAUCUGCUUUUCAUUUUCAUACUUACGAUGACGAUGUAUUCAUUCUUUCGCUGCCUUGGAGCGUUGUGUGCAUCACUGGAUAUUGCCACUCGUCUUACCGGUGUUGCAAUCCAAGCUUUGGUUGUGUACACGGGCUACCUCAUUCCUCCUUGGAAAAUGCACCCGUGGCUCAAGUGGCUCAUCUGGAUCAACCCAGUGCAAUACGCCUUCGAAGCUUUAAUGGCCAACGAAUUUCACAACCUCGACAUCCAAUGCGAGGCGCCAUACAUUGUGCCUGCAGGGCCAAACGCAUCCCCUGGCCAUCAGAGCUGUGCUAUACAAGGGAGCAGCCCUGACAACCUGACGGUGAAAGGGUCUGAAUACAUUAAAACUGCCUACACCUAUACCCGCGCGCACCUGUGGCGAAACUUUGGUAUCAUCAUUGCAUGGUUCAUUUUCUUCGUCGCUCUAACAAUGCUUGGAAUGGAGAUCCAAAAACCCAACAAAGGUGGAAGUUCUGUUACUAUUUUCAAAAGAGGAGAGGCUCCAAAGGCCGUUGAAGACGCAAUCGAGCAUACCGGGCAUCCAGUUGACGAGGAGUCGACGGGAAAGAACGGCACAACUCCCGAAUUGCAAAAUGAGCAGGCAAAUGAGAAGGUCCAGGACAUUGCCAAAAACACUUCCAUUUUCACAUGGCAGAACGUGAACUAUACGAUCCCCUACAAAGGUGGUCAGCGAAAGCUGCUGCAGGAUGUCCAUGGCUACGUCAAACCUGGGCGGCUUACAGCGAUGUGUAGGAAAACCACGCUUCUCAAUGCUUUGGCGCAAAGAAUCAACUUUGGAGUCGUUACUGGUACCUUCUUGGUUGACGGCAAACCUCUCCCUAAAAGCUUCCAGAGAGCGACUGGAUUUGCCGAACAAAUGGACAUUCACGAGCCAACCGCUACCGUAAGAGAGUCGCUGCGUUUUUCGGCUCUCUUGCGACAACCCAAGGAAGUGCCAAUAAACGAGAAGUACGAUUACUGCGAAAAGAUAAUUGACUUGCUGGAAAUGCGACCCAUUGCGGGUGCUACAGUUGGAUCUCACGGAUCAGGAUUGAAUCAGGAGCAAAGAAAGCGACUCACCAUUGCAGUCGAGUUGGCCAGCAAGCCAGAACUACUACUUUUUUUGGAUGAGCCGACUUCGGGUCUUGACUCUCUCGCAGCUUUCAAUAUCGUCCGUUUCCUUCGGAGACUGGCGGAUGCGGGGCAGGCUGUCCUCUGUACUAUUCAUCAGCCUUCAGCAGUGCUCUUCGAGCAGUUCGAUGAACUUCUUUUGCUGGAAAGCGGUGGUCGGGUGGUAUAUAAUGGACCUCUUGGAUCCGAUUCGAAGACGCUAAUUGAUUAUUUCGAGAAAAACGGAGCCAAGAAAUGUUCGCCGCAUGCCAACCCGGCGGAGUAUAUGCUUGAAGUCAUCGGCGCUGGCAACCCAGAUUACAAGGGUCAAGACUGGGGCGAUGUGUGGACCAACUCUUUGGAAUUCAAAAAGUUUACAGAGGAGUUGGAGAACAUCAUUAAUUCCCGUCGCGAUAUGCAAGCCGAUGAUAAAAUCAAAGAUGAUCGGGAAUACGCAAUGCCCCUGUACACGCAGAUUGUGGCGGUGACCAAGAGAGCAUUCGUGGCAUACUGGAGACUUCCCGAUUACAUUUUGGGUAAAAUGAUGCUUCAUAUAUUUACCGGUCUUUUCAACACGUUCACUUUCUGGCAUCUGGGCAACAGCUACAUUGACAUGCAGUCGAGACUCUUCUCCUGCUUUAUGACCCUGACGAUAUCGCCCCCUCUGAUCCAGCAGCUACAGCCACGGUUCCUUCAUUUCCGAGGGAUCUACGAGUCGCGCGAGUCCAACUCCAAGGUAUACUCUUGGGUUGCAUUUGUAGUCAGCACAAUUUUACCGGAGCUUCCAUAUGCCAUUGUAGCCGGAUCUGUGUACUUCAACUGCUGGUACUGGGGAGUCUGGUUCCCCCGCGACUCGUUCAGCUCUGGCUAUAUAUGGAUGCUGCUCAUGGUGUUUGAGUGCUUCUAUAUCGGCUUUGGCCAGUUUAUUGCGGCAUUUGCACCGAAUGAGCUAUUUGCCUCUCUGCUAGUCCCAUCAUUCUUCACCUUUGUGGUCGCAUUUUGUGGUGUUGUCGUGCCAUAUGCGGCGCUGCCUCAUUUCUGGCAAUCCUGGAUGUACUGGCUUACCCCGUUUCACUAUUUGCUCGAGGGGCUCCUGGGUGUUGUCACCCACAAAGUCCCUGUCCGGUGUGUGGCGCGCGAAGAGGCGUAUUUCAGCCCGCCCUCCGGCAUGACUUGCCAGGAAUAUGCAGGAGCCUAUGCACGGGAAGCCGGUGGUUAUCUCAGUAAUGCCGCGAAUGGGCUGUGCGCAUAUUGCCAAUUCUCGGAGGGUGAUCAGUUCGGUAUCUUUUGGGCCUAUGUCGUCUUCAACUUCCUGAUGGUCUUCUUCUUCUCAUGGUUAUACCUGCACGGUGUCCGUGAUUUCAAGCGGUGGCUCAGCGAACGCAGGACUCGGAAGGAUAAAAGUGGCAAAUCCUGA